UUCAGCAACCACAUCCCUUGAUCAAGGACUUGAGAUCCACAUAUCAGUUGCAUUUUCUUGGUGAGAUAAAAUGGACAAGGUGAUGAAGAUGGCAUCACAACGAGCAGUGGUAGUCUUCAGCUUGAGCUCAUGCUGCAUGUGCCAUACUGUUUUGAGCCUCUUCCAUGACCUUGGUGUCAAUGCCACCAUCCAUGAGCUCGACGAGGACCCAAGGGGGAGAGAGAUGGAGAGGGCUCUUGCCAGGCUUGUGGGGCGUAAUCCGCCGGUGCCAGUAGUAUUCAUUGGCGGCAAGCUGGUUGGAUCCACAGACAGGAUCAUGUCACUGCACCUUGGUGGUAAACUGGUCCCUCUUCUUCGUGAGGCAGGUGCUCUUUGGGUAUAGAUAGUGAAUUCUGCACUCUGAUAAGAAUCAGCUAUAUAUGAGAAGUGGACAAAAAGAUUACCUAAUACGAAAUGCGAUGUGUGAAAAUAAACUAUAGAGUACGACUUUAUGUGUACAAACUCGUUACAGAUCAUACACCAUGUACCUUUGACACUAUAAUGAAUAUUGGUUAAGAGUUCUCUUA